CACAGCGUGGGAGCGGGGCGGGCCGGGGGCGCUCUCUCCAUCCGCGCCCUGCCCCGCCUGCCCCUGCCCUGCCUGCCCCGCGCCGGACACAAAGCACGCUCAGGGCACUCAGAGGGACCACAGUCCCCACCGUGGAGGCCGGGCGCUGGAGCGGCGGGAAGGUGGGGUGCCUGCCCGUGGGUCCCGAGGAAUGCCACGCUUCCCGGAGGGUGAUUUCUGUGAACAUCCAUAGAAGGAAAAAAAGGAUUUGAAAGCUACGUUCUAGAGAAAUCUGCAUAGUUUUUGCUACACAGAGAAAUGCUGAAAUUUCAAGAAACUGCUAAGCGUGUCACUGUUGCCAGAUUUAACUCUGCUUGCCGAGAUGCAGUGAUUGCAAGAAGAUACACUGUUCAGAGGAAACUUGGCAAUGGGAGCUUUGGAAGUGUGUAUUUGGUUUCUGACAGAAAAGCGAAACAAGGUGAAGAAUUAAAGGUCCUAAAGGAAAUCUCUGUUGGAGACCUAAAGCCUAAUGAAACAGUUGAAGCAAAUCUGGAAGCACAACUACUCUCCAAAUUAGACCAUCCAGCCAUUGUCAAAUUUUAUGCAAGCUUUGUGGAGCGAGAUAGUUUCUGCAUCAUCACUGAAUAUUGUGAGGGUGGAGAUCUAGACCUUAAAAUUCAAGAGUACAAAGAUUCUGGGAAGACAAUCACUCAAAGUCAAGUAAUAGACUGGUUUAUACAGUUGUUACUCGGAGUCAACUAUAUGCAUGAAAGACGGAUACUUCACAGGGAUUUGAAAGCGAAGAAUAUAUUUUUGAAAGAUAAUCUUCUUAAAAUUGGAGACUUUGGAGUUUCCUGUCUUUUGAUGGGUUCAUGUGACCUGGCAACCACAUUUACUGGGACACCACACUACAUGAGUCCAGAAGUACUGAAGCACCAGGGAUAUAACACAAAAUCUGAUAUUUGGUCUUUGGGAUGCAUUUUGUAUGAGAUGUGCUGUAUGAACCAUGCAUUUACUGGACAGAAUUUUUUGUCUGUUGUGAUAAAAAUUGUGGAAGGUGAUACACCUUCUCUUCCUGAUAAAUAUCCAAGCAAACUGAAUGCUCUGCUCUGCAGCAUGUUAAAUAAGAAUCCUUCUUUGAGACCAGCAGCAGCUGAGAUCCUAAAGACCCCUUAUAUUGAUGAACAACUAAAGAAAAUACAGUUCGAAUUCACAAACAUGACUGUGAAAGAAAAGGCACUUAACUGGCAGAAAGAUACUGCUUCUGUUUUUGAUGCUGUGCAGAGGAAAGUUCAUUUGCAAACUCUGCAGGAACUGUCUGAAGUGCAGAAAAUGACUCCACGGGAACGAAUGCGGCUGAGAAAGUUAAAUGCUGCAGAUGAGAAAGCAAAGAAGUUGAAACAGCUGGCAGAAGAAAAAUAUCAAGAAAAUGUCAAAAGAAUGCAAGAUUUCAGGUCCCGUAAUUUUCAGCAGCUGAAUGUCAACAUCCUACGUGAAUCCGAUGAGCAGACUUCAAAACACCUCAUUCAUUCUCAGCCAGUCAUUACAUGUGACUAUGUGUCCGUAGGACAUGAUGAACCACGAAGAAAUGAGACAAGUGAACUCUACGUGUCUGAAGUUACAGACCACGAGAUCCCUGAAGACCCAGAAAUUGCAGAAGAAUAUUAUAAAGAUGAGUUUGAAUCCUGUUCAGAAGACAGUGAGGAGGACGAAGAUGCAGAAGCAUCACAGACUGUCUCUAAGACAAAUAACCAGAACAGUGAUAUCGAGGCAAUGGUUAAGUAUUUGGAGGGUGUCCUGAAUAAUAGCUCAUUGGGCUCGAGGACUGUCACCAGAGUGUCUCCAGGGACACCCCAGGGAUUCAGAGCUCUCAACAGUACUAUGGCUGAGACCAAACUGAAACGCAUGAGGGAAUCUGCCAUUGGGAAGCUGGGAGUGGACGUAUUCGAGGCCGUGUACAGCUAUCUCAGGCAAGCGAGGCAGCAGAAUGCCAGCGAGGAGGAGAUCAGGAGAUGUUUGGAGAAACUGGUUUCUAGAGCAAGCGAUUGCUUUGAGGUGGAUCAGCUCCUGUACUUCGAGGAACAGCUACAGGCUUCAGAACCUCAUCUGCAGCUGUAACAGGUGUGGCAGUAACAGCGCUGGAAAUGGCAAGGAGCGGGGAAGGUGCUUGGCUGUCUUCUUCAGGCCUGCAGGCAAGUGCAGGAGGUAUUUGAAGGAAACUGCUGAAGGUUAAUGUAGUAAUAAGCAUGUAGGAAGGCUCCAUUUGAGAAUCCAGACUGCAGUGAGAAGUGGGUAAAUAUGGCACAGAUUACAGGGACAGGAAGAACAACUGUUUGUGACUGUGAGGGGAGCAUUCACCGUUACCCCUUUUUCCACCACUUAAAGCAUAAGGAAAGGUGUUCUUGUGGGCUGUGGCCAGGCACUCAGAACAUCACUGGCAAAGCUGCCUCUGAUAGAAUGAUGCAGGAUUAGACUCCAGCUGCUGUUGAUUUCUGUUCUAACUUGUCCUUGUGACAUAUAAGCCUGUAGUUUUUGUGCUUUGGCAGAUCUGCCCUUAAACAUACAUGUAUCUGUAUGGCCACUCAGCCCUUAAUUGCCUUGUUAUUACUGAUUAUUCAAAAGGGCUGCAUUUAAUCUGUGUGGCUUCUAAAGGAACUGUGGAAAUACACAUAUGCUCACAUGCACUGAGAUAGGUGUGCCUGUUCAUAAUGGCAGAAAGAUGUCUGGUCAUACUCUGUACACUAUCUGUAUAAAGAUAGACAUGUGACCUGAGCUACAACUGACUUUGUUAGAUAAGAAUUCUCAUUGUGACUUCUGAAACUGUUGGAUCAAAUUCAUUAUACACAGAUGGAACAAUAAAUUGAUUUUUCUCUUGCACGCAA